AGUCACAAUCACAACAUUAUAGGCAGUGUAGGUGUGUUAUUUCACGUGUGUGUGAAGCUUGAAUGAAUCAAAUUUCUCUGUUUUCCAGUGUUAAGAGUUGAUUUUAACGUAAACUAGAUCAUCAUGCGUUUCACGUUGCCAUUACUUGCGAGAAGACUUCGGCCUCCAGUCGCACCCCCAGAAAUUAAAGUUUCCGAACUGACCAAGAAAUAUGCUAACCUUCCAGAAAAAUACAUUGAAGAUGCAACAAGAGGUGUAACUUAUAGAACUCCGCGAGGCAUUAAUUAUCGCCCUAAGGAACAACGAACUUUCAAAAAUUAUGUUGGAUUGGAAAGGCCAUGGGCGUUUGAAUCUGAAAACGAGAAAGAGGAUAUUAACUAUUCUCCAUUUGUUGAGCCUCUACGACAUUGGUUUUUCUUCAAGGGUGAUCGAGUGCAAGUGUUGGUGGGUAAAGAUGCUGGGAAACAAGGACUUGUUGAACUGGUCAUUCCAGAAAGGAAUUGGGUUAUCGUAGGAGGCCUCAAUGGAGAGGUGGAAUCAAAUAAAGAUGAAGAUGGCUAUAUAUACUCUUAUGCGUAUACAGAACGUCCCUUACUUGUUCCUAGCCAAGUCGCACUGGUUGACCCAGGAGAUCUGCUCCCAACUGAAGUCGAGUGGGGUUACACAGAGACUGGUGACAAGGUCCGUGUGUCAGUGAGGACUGGACGCAUCAUACCAUUGAGUAAGAAGACUGAGGAAACACACCAAUAUAAAAGUCCAGCCAAUUAUGUUGAGAACGAGAAAGAUACUACUGCUGCAAAUAUGAAAGUCACGUUCAAACCUAGGCUCACGACAUUCGAAAUGGAAAUUGCUGAAGAGUUAGGAAUUACAGAAGACAGGAUCCCCAAAAAGACCUAUUGGUAUUGAAGGGAUAAAACACAACUGAUACACCUCCCUGUAGUUCUUAAUAAACCAUUUGUAAAUAAGAAAAAGUAUAAAAAUUAAAAAAGAACAGAAAAAAUCUUAAA